AAUUGCUUCUUAAAUACCUAAUUAAAUCCCCCAAUCCAUCCAGGAUCUAAGACCGAGAGAGGUUUGAGAUUCAGAGAGAGAAGAAGAAGAAGGAGAGCCAAGAUGUUUUACUCGCAUGAAUUGCUCGCUAGAAAGCGUCCUCUUGGAACAGUAUGGAUGGCUGCUCACUUAGAAAAGAGGCUCCGCAGAACUCAUAUUGAUGUCACUAAUAUUGCUUCUACAGUUGAUUCAAUAAUGUUCCCAGAAGCACCUAUUGCACUCCGGCUAUCAGCAUUCCUUCUACUGGGUGUUGUUCGAAUAUAUUCAAGGAAAGUUGCAUAUCUAAAGGGCGAUUGCGAUGCACUCGCAACAUAUGUAAGGACUGCAUUUGAUCACACUAAAAAACUUAAUUUGCCUGAAAAUGAAUCUGCUGCACCAUUUGAAUCUGUUACUAUGCCGUUGCAAACUUUUGAGCUUGAUGCUGUGGAUCUUGAACUCGACAGCAGCAUUAACUUUGAGAGUACUCCAGAUAAUCAUCUCAAGACACUUGAAGAUAUCACACUUGAAGAUCAAGUCCCAGUUACUCAAGAUCCUUAUCUUGAUUUUUUCAUUAAUGAGGAUAUAAACAUGGAUAGGGAUACUUCUCCACAAGAAAUGAUUCCAGACAGUAGUAGUAGUCAAAUGGAAGAAGACAUUCCUUUAGCUCCAGGAAGUGGUGCUGCUGGUGAUGUUUCUAUUUCAAGUCCAAAUAAGCAAGCAGAAGAACUCAAUAAGUCGGUUCCUGAAGCUCAUAUACCUCAAGAAAUUCCUGAAAUCGAAGUUGUGCGUGAUGCUGAUCCUAAUUUGAACCUCCCAGAGCUGCCGGAUAUUCUUGGGGGUGUUGCUGAAAAGUCUUUAGAACAGACCGAAAAUGAGAAGGACACUUCUCCAAAUUCAGAACAUUUGUUAGCUGGAGAGCAAGCUGAACCUAUACAGCAUAAUCCUGAUCCACCAACUGCUUUUGGAUCAGUAGAGUCUCUGGGAAACGUUGUUUCAGAUAUUUCCUUCAGGAAUGAAUCUUUUGAAAUGGCAAUUCAACCAACGCCACCAAAUGAGAAGGAAAAGGUAAAGUCAAGAAAGAGGAAGCAAUUCUUUGAUAAGAAUCCUGUGUUGUCAAACAAGAUCAUGACUGGACUUGUGAAAGAUGCUAGUAUGCUGGUGCAUAAGAGGAGAAAACUCCCUUGUUCAUCUUUGGAUGUCUGGAGGUUUGAGAACAGGCGAAGAAAGGACCAAAUAUUCUAUCAUUCUUCAGUUACUGAUAUGUCUAAAAGUCUUCAAAAUUUGUUCGAAAGGGAUUAUGUUUCUUCCAGAUCCCAAAAUAUAGGGCCGGGGGAUACUCAAGAAAAUGCAGGUGCUCAUACAUUUGUGCCCGAUGUUGAUAUGGAAGUUGAUAACCAGCAGCCCAAUGUUGAUGCGGAAGUCCUGCCCGAUGUUGACACAGAAGUCGAGCGUACACCUGUUGUAGAAACAGAAACUGAGCAUCUUCAACCUGACGAUAAUCCUGAAAUUGAAUAUGGCCGAUUUGAAGAUGGCUCUGCUGACAGAGAUUUCAUGACUGAAUUUAUGGCUACUCCAACUCCUUCCAAAACUUCUAUGUUAGAACCUCGGACAGGAAGCUUGUUCGAGACUGAAGUGCCGUCACUCGAUCAAACUAUCCGCACUGAAGCUGUUGGCUCCUCAAUUAUGAAGACUCCUUCGUUUUUUUCAGAUCGUCUAGGCAUGGAUGAAUCUGCUAGUUUUUCAGAUAUUCCAGGAUUAUUAGAUUCUGCUGAGGAACUAAACUUUCUGGAAGCUGAUGCGACGCCAGUUGGGCGAGAAGAGGAUGAUCCACUUGAUAAACUUUCUGUGAGGGCCAGUGCCGUGGCUCAGUUUCUGAAAAAUUACUCUCCUCCUGCAACUGAAACAUCUCAAGAUCAAAUUGGGAGUCUUUCUCUAAGCAAGAUUUUACACGGCAAAACCAGAAAGCAAUGCACUCGAAUGUUCUUCGAAACACUGGUUCUGACAAGUUUUGAUUAUAUCAAGGCACACCAAGAAGAAGCUUAUGGUGACAUCUCUUUGACACUGACUUCACGUUUGAAAACCUUGUCCUGAGAUAAUAUUCUGGUGCUCUUGUAAAUAGGUUUUGAUUACAAAGCGGAAGGAUGGUAGUAGCAGAAGCUAGUUUUUCUUGUUAAUUUCAAAGGUCGCAACAGGGUUACUGCUUCUCUCGAAGACACAAGACUAGAGAAAGCAUGUGAAUUCACCUAAGUAGACAACCUAGGAAUCUAUUUAUUUUUCUAUACCCCCACCCAAGCCCUGUAUAGCAAAUAAACAUCUUAUAACUUAAUCUAUAAUGCGCUGUUUAUUUAUUUUGGUUUGCUUUCAAUUUCAAAUUUUAGAGAUUAGUAUAAAACAAAGCGGUGUGUAGUUUGGCAUUCAGCUCCUGGAAGACAAAAUCUCUUUUUUUUAGUAGUACAGUGG